GAAUAUUUGCAUAGAGCAUAAAGAUCCGAUCCAGUCCUUAAAUCUAGGAUAUACUAUUAAUAAAAAGGAUACUUACUGCUCCCCUCGUUCUCACAACUUUUUAUAUACAUUUAAAAAUAUACCUUUAUUCAUCCUACAGGCAAGAUUGGGCCAUAUUCUCUCUUCUUUUCUUUGAUUGACACUUCAAUUUUGGCUUUGUCGGUGUGAGAUUUCAGAUCUUCUUCUUCUUCUUAACUUCUAGUUUUACUUUCUUGAUUUUUCUGACCUCAUUUUGGCAAAGGGGUAAUCUCUUCUGGUGAAAAAUGGCUCAGAUUCAGCUUCAUGGAACUCUACAUGUCACGAUCUUUGAGGUCGAUAAUCUGCAGGGUGAGGAGGGGGGUGGGCAUUUCUUUAGCAAGAUAAAGCAACAUUUUGAGGAGACAGUUGGUGUUGGAAAAGGAACUCCAAAACUUUAUGCUACAAUUGAUUUGGAGAAGGCUAGGGUUGGGAGAACAAGAAUGAUUGAAAAUGAACCAAAAAAUCCAAGGUGGUACGAGUCUUUUCACAUUUACUGUGCACAUAUGGCUUCAAAUGUUAUAUUCACUAUCAAAGAUGACAAUCCCUUUGGUGCAUCCUUAAUUGGAAGAGCUUAUGUUCCAGUUGAAGAACUUUUGGAAGGGGAGGAGAUUGAUAAAUGGGUUGAGAUACUGGAUAAAGAAAUGAAUCCUAUAGCAGAAGGUUCUAAAAUCCACGUUAAGCUACAGUUUUUUGACGUCAGUCGAGAUCCAAACUGGGGACGUGGAAUUAGAAGCUCUAGAUAUCCUGGUGUCCCUUACACUUUCUUUUCACAGAGAGCGGGAUCGCGGGUUUCCUUGUAUCAAGAUGCUCAUGUGCCAGACAAUUUUAUUCCUAAAAUCCCUCUCUCUGGAGGAAAGUAUUAUGAGCCCCACAGAUGUUGGGAAGAUAUCUUUGAUGCUAUUACUAAUGCAAAGCACCUGAUUUACAUUACUGGCUGGUCAGUAUAUACUGAAAUAACCUUGGUGAGGGACUCGAGGAGACAAAAACCUGGAGGAGACAUCACGUUGGGGGAGCUGCUCAAGAAGAAGGCAAGUGAAGGUGUUAAAGUUCUUAUGCUUGUUUGGGAUGAUAGGACGUCCGUGGGUUUGCUGAAGAAGGAUGGUCUGAUGGCCACUCAUGACCAAGAAACUGAACAGUUCUUUCAAGGUACUGAUGUACACUGUGUCCUCUGCCCUCGGAAUCCUGAUAAUGGUGGAAGCUUUGUCCAAGAUAUACAAAUCUCUACCAUGUUUACCCAUCACCAGAAAAUCAUAGUAGUGGACAGUGCACUUCCCAGCGGAGAGUCAGAAAAGAGGAGAAUUUUGAGUUUUGUGGGAGGUAUUGAUCUUUGCGAUGGGAGAUAUGAUACACCUUUCCAUUCGCUUUUUAGGACAUUGGACACUGCACAUCAUGAUGAUUUCCACCAACCCAAUUUUGCUGAUGGCUCAAUUACCAAAGGUGGACCAAGGGAGCCCUGGCAUGACAUUCACUCUCGGCUUGAAGGCCCAAUUGCUUGGGACGUUCUGUUUAAUUUUGAGCAGAGAUGGAGAAAGCAGGGAGGAAAGGAUAUUCUUGUCAACUUUAGAGAGCUUGAUGAUAUUAUAAUUCCACCAUCCCCGGUGAUGUACCCUGAUGAUCAUGAAACAUGGAAUGUUCAGUUAUUCAGAUCAAUUGAUGGGGGGGCUGCUUUUGGCUUUCCUGACACACCUGAAGAUGCAGCAAAAGCUGGCCUUGUCAGUGGGAAGGAUAACAUAAUUGAUAGAAGCAUCCAAGAUGCUUAUAUUCAUGCUAUUCGUCGAGCAAAAAAAUUUAUUUACAUUGAAAAUCAGUAUUUUCUUGGAAGCUGUGCCGACUGGCAGUGUGAUGAUAUCAAGGUAGAGGACGUAGGUGCUUUGCAUGUCAUUCCAAAGGAACUUGCAUUGAAGAUUGUCAGUAAGAUUGAAGCCGGGGAAAGGUUUACUGUUUAUGUUGUGGUCCCAAUGUGGCCAGAAGGAAUCCCCGAAAGUGCAUCAGUACAGGCAAUAUUAGACUGGCAGAGGAGGACAAUGGAGAUGAUGUAUAAGUACAUUGUUCAAGCAAUGAAUGCUAAAGGUAUCGAGGAAGAUCCAAGGAAUUAUUUGACAUUUUUCUGCAUUGGUAACCGAGAGGUGAAGAAGAGUGGAGAAUAUGAACCUUCUGAGAGCCCAGAGCCUGAUUCUAAUUACAUGCGAGCUCAGGAGGCACGACGUUUCAUGAUAUAUGUCCAUUCCAAGAUGAUGAUUGUGGAUGAUGAGUACAUCAUAGUUGGAUCGGCCAAUAUAAACCAGAGAUCUAUGGAUGGUGCUAGAGAUUCUGAAAUAGCCAUGGGAGCCUACCAGCCUUAUCAUUUGGUCACCAGUGAACCAGCUAGGGGUCAAGUUCAUGGUUUCAGAAUGGCAUUGUGGUACGAGCACCUUGGUAUGCUCGAUGAGACCUUCCAACAUCCAGAAAGUGAGGAAUGUGUGAGGAAGGUGAAUCAAAUAGCUGAUAAAUACUGGGAUAUGUAUUCAAGUGAGAGUCUGGAAAGAGAUCUGCCUGGUCACUUGCUCCGCUACCCUAUUGGAGUGGCUAGCGAAGGGGAUAUCACGGAGCUACCAGGCCAUGAAUUUUUCCCAGAUACCAAGGCCAGGGUUCUUGGUACUAAAUCUGACUACCUUCCUCCUAACCUCACUACAUAAGUGGAUAAUUCUCAUGUUUACUUGUUUUGCGAAGAGGUAACAAACUCGUGUGUUAGUUGAAGGGUGCAGUUUGUUGUGGAAUAAUACAUGAUAGUAGUUGUUUUUUCAGAUUUCUGUUUUUUUUUUUUUGUUGGAUAGUGCACUUGAGUUUGUAUGAGAUGCUUUAUUGACUGUAAGUCUUUGUUGCAGUUUGUUCUUAACAUUUUACAUGUGAGUUCUGCAAGGGUUGCAAUCUCUCUGGAAAAUUAGCAUUGUAAUACUUUCCUUUUGAGUCUUUGUAUACCAACUUCAUCUUUGUUAUGCCAUUUUAACUUAACAUA